UGAUGAUGAGAAUGAAAAUGAUGAUAACUGUAAUGUAAAGUGAUGGGAAAAGCAGAGUGUAACUUUUCAGUUCAACUGAACACAUGAUAAUAUCAGUUUUUGGUUUCAUCUUUACCAAUGAGAAUUACUUUCAACAUGUUUAUCAUUGUUACUGUUUAUUACAUUUGUUACCAACACUUGAAAUGAUUAUUCAACAUUCAAAUUGAAAACAACAGUAAAAAAGGAAACAUUCAACAUUGAUUCAGUUAACAAGUGUUUUACAUUUCAUUUGUUUCCAGUUGCAGUUGGAUUACAUUGUUCAAGUUUUACCAAUAUGAAAAGAUUUAGUUGAGUUUGUAAGAUUGGUGAAACAGUUUUGGGAUUUGUUUCAUUCCCAUUUUUGGCUUUACUUGUUUUAAUUGUUGCAAUUUAAGGGAAAUUAGUUUCAUUUAGAGUUAGUUAGAUGGUCAAAUGUUGCAAAUGAAAGAGAGAGGAAACAUUUUGUUCAUUUGUUUUGUGACAAUUGUUUUCAACUCGACUCUUCAAUUGAUUAAAAUUGUAUUCAUUUUAUCGUGAAAUUGAAGGCUUGUGUUAAACAUGUUUACAUGUUGAUGUGUUGAUAUGGUUUAUUACAUUUACGGUGAUUUCAAUUCAAGUUCAACUCAACUACCAAUGAUCAUCUCAAGUGAUUCCAAUCGUCUCGAUGAUUUAACAUCAAGUUAUCCACUUUUUCUGUUAACCUCAUCUUCACCCAUUGAACCACAAGAGUUGAGUGUUUUCAUAUCGAGUUCAACCAAUGUCAACACAAAUGGCCAUCCAAGUCAUGCAAUUAAACCUGGCUCUGGUGUUGCUGGUGCCAACUUGGGUGAGAUAUUUCACACCAUUGGCAUUGGUGUCACUCUGGCUGCUCUUAUACUGGCCACUAUAGUGGGCAAUGUUUUUGUCAUCAUUGCCAUUCUAAUGGAGAAAAAUUUACGUUCUGUUGGCAAUUAUCUUGUUCUGUCGUUGGCCAUUGCUGACCUUAUGGUAGCUUGCCUUGUGAUGCCUUUAGGUGCCGUUUAUGAAGUGUCUGGUGAAUGGAUUUUGGGUCCUCAAUGGUGUGACAUUUGGACUUGUGCCGAUGUCUUGUGUUGCACUGCUUCCAUACUUCACCUCUUAGCCAUUGCCAUUGACAGAUAUUGGGCAGUGACCAACAUUGAUUACAUUCACAAUCGAAAUCCAAAUCGAAUCGGUGCUUUAAUCAUCUGUAUCUGGACCAUUGCCUCCAUCAUUUCAGUUGCACCGGUUUUGGGUUGGAAGGAUCCUGACUUUGAGAAGCGACUUCUUCAAGAAAAGAAGUGCCUAGUUUCACAGGAUGUCGCCUACCAAAUCGUUGCCACUUUUGCCACCUUCUACGGUCCACUUGUUUUCAUUCUACUUCUUUAUUGGAGGAUCUAUCAGGUUGCUCGAUUAAGAAUCCGUCGUAAACCAGGAACCAGAAUAGUGUUGAAUGUUAAAAAUAACUGUGAAUCCACCAAAAGUCUAUCAGUGCCUUGUAAUGUUGAAGUGACAACCACAAACUUUUCAAGUGACAUGUCGACCAAUACAACAGUAACAACCACAACCGCCUCAAAUCCCAGUCCUGAAAGGUCAUUUGCAAGUCAAAGAUUCUCAGUCUGUCCAAGUAUAGCUAGUCAAGUUAUCGAAGAGAGUUCAAUCAUUCAAAUUGACUCAAACCCAAAUGCCAAUGGAUCUUCACCUUCUCCUAACGCUGAUGAUCCAGGCUUAGGUUGUGAAAUUGACUGUCCAAAUUUAAACAGCACCUUUGAGUGCAAUCGCAACCAUUUGUCAACCUCAUCUCCAGCCAAAGAAUGCCUUAUACCACCGACAACACCUUCCAAUCGAAGUGGACUCACAACGCCAAUCCACAGUAAUCCAGUUGAAAGAGAAAAGUAUACUUCGGAAAAUUGUGGUGGAUCGACGAUCGACAUUGACGAUGACUGGAACUUGAUUGGCCAAGAAAUAUCAGUAACAAGUGAUGUUGUUGUUACAUGUGAUUCAAGAGGAACCAGUUAUCAUUAUGCUUCAGUUACCAACAAGGACAGUUGCAUGGAGAGUGGCAAAAGAGGGAAAAGCAACUCAUCGAUAUCCAAAAAGAACAAGGCAAACAGUGUCAAGAAUAAUUCGAAAAGAAAAGCACUUCGAAUAACGACGAGUUUGAUUAGUCCAAAUAAAGAAAAGUCGACUCGAAAUUAUGGCUCUUGUGGAAGGUCAAGUCGAAUGAGUUCAACCAAUGGAAGAGAUUCAUUAGAAUCAAAGAGAGAACGAAAAGCGGCCAAAACAUUAGCCAUUAUAACGGGAAUUUUCGUCAUUUGUUGGCUUCCAUUUUUCAUUGUCGCUCUUCUUUCGCCCAUUUGCGGUCCACCUUGUGAUCCACCCGCUCUGUUGACCAGCCUUUUCCAGUGGUUGGGUUAUGUCAAUUCAAUGCUCAAUCCUGUGAUUUACACCAUUUUCAGUGCCGACUUCCGAACUGCUUUCAAGAAGAUUUUGCUUGGAAAACGAGCGGUUCAUCGAUCUCAAAAUCGAGUGUAGAAUAUUGGAAAAAAAGAAAUUUCGAUUUUUAUUGUGCUUCAAGUUUCCUUAAACAGUGGCACCAAGUUUUUGUACCAAUUUGGAUACAGUUGUCGACCUCAAAGUGAACUGCAAUAUUUAUAUGAGAAUUAUUAGAGAAACAUUUUUAUUCUGUUUUAUUUUGCCACCAAUAUUGAUAAUGAUGCCUUGCAAUUGGCUGAUGUUUCCUUGAUUUAUUGAAUUCUUGUUUCUUUCAGCAUAAAUAGUUGAAAAGAGAUUAUCAUGAAGCAGAUGAAUUGAUGAAGAGAAGACAAAAUGUGAGAAAUGUGUAAGUUUUGGCUGGACAAAUGUUUAUGGUUAAAUAAUCUUACCUCAGUAUUUUUGUUGUUGUUCUCGCUGGUCCAAUGGUCCAGCAACAAAGUAGCCACGGUCAGUUUAUAUUCAAUUCUUAUUGCUUUUUAUUAUUUUUCCUGUUCAUUCAACCAUGGAAAACAGUGAAACAAAAGUAAAUGGAUCAUCACAAUUGUCAUUCAGUUGAACCUUAUUUUGUUCUUCAAUCAUUUAAGCUCAUUGAUAAAAUAAUAACUGGAUAAUCAAAUAAAACAAUUUACAUCAGUUCAGUUAUUAGAAUGCUUUUAAUGUAAAUUUUUUCCAUCAAAUUUACAUUAGGCAACAAAAGAAGUACAAUGUUUUAGUUGAAUCAACAAAAGUCCGAAGAGCAACAUUUGUCAUGGUGGACAUUCGAGUAUAACUAUAAAUAGCAAAUGAAAAAUAAAUUAAAACACGAAAAAUGUUGAAAGAGAAAUGUUUUCAUCUUAUUUUUAGAUUUUGUAAGAUGUAUUCGGAAAUUGAUUCGUGGGUAGAAAUGGAUUAAAAAAGAUUUGCAUUCACUUGGAAAAGAAUUUGUUUUUCAGACUAAAAAUAAAGUUGGAGUUACAGUUGAAGUUGUAGACACGGAAUGUGCUCGGACAGGGAGUUUUCCCUAUCAUGAGUGUAUCAUGUUCACUCAUUCACACCCUCACUUUCAUGUCAGUUCAUCCUCUGACUUUAUAUUUAAUCAAAUUAAUUUCAUGAGAAUGAGACGAAAAGGUAGGAGGUAGAAACCAAGAUAAUGUUUAACUUUCAGAUCACUCAUGCAAAGGGUGAAAAAACUCAGAAAAUUGUAAGAUCUUGAAAUUUUUACUUUUUUUAUUAUGAAGGGUAGUGAUGCCCAAGAACAAUCCCAAUUAAUCAUUUAAUUCAAUUUAAUUCAAUUUAAUUUUCAUUUGUCGAAAAGCUUCUAAGCUUCAAUAAUUUUCUUAUCAUUUAAAGUUUGUAAUUUUGUGUUAAUCCCUGAAAGAUGACAUCAUUGUAAUUGUUUACUGUUGUCUUAGAUUCAAGGUUGUCAAGGAAAGCUUCUAAGCUUGCUUCAUUAUUCCUUUUCCUUUUUCUUUUGUUCUUUCCUUCCGUUAU